AAACGACGCACACGUAGACAGAAGCAACGGCGCUUGACAACCCCUCAAGUUCGCAUAUGCCACAAGAUCUGUGGCAAGCAGUUGUGCUGUAUGGUAAGCUGGUCGUCGUGCUUGGAAAUUUCGACUGAAGUGAGAGGAGGAAUUAAAAUACUAGGUAGUGUCAAAGAGUGAAGAGGUGAGACGCCAUGUUGCUGCACAGGCUGUCUCAGUGUUCCGGGCUUGGCCUGCGCUCCUGCAACUCGCACACCUUCUCCAGGGCCGCCUCACAAGGCAAGAAUGGCCGCGUGUGGCCUGGCCUGCCGGCCGUGCGUCAGUGGAGUAACGUGCCUUUUCUUACAGUGCCGCUGGCGCGUGCCCACGGUAAGUCCUUCGCCCACCGCGGCGAGCUGCGCCAGGCCAAGAGGAUCGUCGUCAAGCUGGGCAGCGCUGUGGUCACCCGCGGCGACGAGUGCGGCCUGGCCCUGGGACGCCUGGCCUCCAUCGUGGAGCAGGUGGCGGUGUUGCAGAGCCAGGGCCGUGAGAUGAUGAUCGUGACUAGUGGCGCCGUGGCGUUCGGAAAGCAGCGUCUGCGGCACGAGAUCCUGCUCUCCCAGAGCGUCCGCCAGGCCCUGCACUCGGGGCAGAACGCCCUCAAGGACAUGUCUCUUCCCGUGCUGGAGGCGCGAGCCUGUGCUGCUGCGGGCCAGAGUGGACUGAUGGCUCUCUAUGAAGCCAUGUUCACACAGUACAGCACCUGCACUGCCCAGAUCCUGGUGACGAACCUGGAUUUCCAUGACGACCAGAAGCGGAGUAACCUGAACAGCACGCUGCACGAGCUGCUGCGCAUGAACAUCGUGCCCAUCAUCAACACCAACGACGCCGUGGUGCCGCCUCCGGAGCCCAACAGUGACCUGCAGGGGGUAAACGUGAUCAGCAUCAAGGACAACGACAGCCUGGCAGCUCGUCUCGCUGUGGAGAUGAGGGCCGACCUGCUCAUCGCUCUGUCUGACGUGGAAGGUCUGUACGAUAGCCCCCCCGGCACCGACGACGCUAAGCUCCUGGACACAUUCUACCCCGGAGACCAGCAGUCCAUCACCUACGGGACCAAGUCCAGAGUGGGCAUUGGAGGAAUGGAGGCAAAGGUGAAAGCUGCUCUCUGGGCACUGCAGGGUGGCACGUCAGUCGUCAUCGCCAACGGAACUCACCCAAAGGUCACAGGUCAUGUCAUCACUGACAUCGUUGAGGGGAAGAAGGUCGGCACCUUCUUCUCAGAGGUCAAACCCGCCGGUCCCACGGUGGAGCAGCAGACCGAGAUGGCACGCACUGCUGGUAGAACUCUAGCAUCCUUGCACCCUGACCAGAGGAGCGAGAUUAUCUGCACUUUUGCCGAUCUAAUGACCGAGAAGAGGGAGGAGAUCUUAACAGCCAACAAGAAAGACAUGGAACUGGCUAUCAAUGCAGGUCGUAUGGCCCCUCCCAUGCUGAAGCGUCUGAGUCUGUCGUCGGCGAAGUUGAACAGCCUGGCCAUCGGCCUGCGCCAGAUCGCCGUCUCGUCUCAGGACAGCGUAGGCCGCGUGCUCCGCCGCACAAGAGUCGCCAACAACCUGGAGCUCGAGCAGAUCACUGUGCCCAUCGGAGUCCUGCUCGUCAUCUUCGAGUCCCGCCCAGACUGCCUGCCACAGGUGUCAGCGUUGGCCAUUGCCAGUGGUAACGCUCUGCUGCUGAAGGGAGGAAAGGAGGCGUCUCACACCAACCGCAUCCUGCAUGAGAUCGCCCAGGAAGCACUGUCCCUGCACGGGGUCAAGGACGCCAUCCAGCUGGUGAGCACGCGUGAGGAGGUGGAGGACCUGUGUCGUCUGGAGAAGAUGAUCGACCUCAUCAUCCCCCGGGGCUCCUCCCAGCUGGUGCGCGACAUCCAGCGGGCGGCCAAGGGCAUCCCCGUGCUUGGCCACAGCGAGGGCAUCUGCCACGUCUACAUCGACGCCGAGGCCAGCAUCGACAAGGUCAUCAAAAUCGUGCGGGACUCUAAGUGUGACUACCCGGCGGCCUGCAACGCCAUGGAAACGCUGCUGGUGCACAGAGACGUGCUGCGUACGCCGGUCUUCGACCAGAUCAUCGACAUGCUGCGCACCGAGCGGGUGAAGAUCCAUGCGGGCCCCAGGUUUGCGUCGUAUCUGACGUUCAGCCCGUCAGAGGUGAAGUCCUUGCGGACGGAGUAUGGCGAUCUGGAGUGCUGCAUCGAGGUGGUUGACAGUCUGCAGGAGGCCAUCGACCACAUCCACAAGUACGGCAGCUCACACACCGACGUCAUCGUCACCGACAACGAGGAGACAGCGGAGCAGUUCCUGCAGCAGCUGGAUAGUGCGUGUGUGUUCUGGAAUGCCAGCUCUCGCUUCGCAGACGGUUACCGCUUCGGUCUCGGUGCGGAGGUGGGCAUCAGCACGGCGCGUAUCCAUGCCCGCGGCCCGGUGGGGCUGGAGGGUCUGCUGACCACCAAGUGGGUGCUGCGUGGGGACGGGCACACGGCGGCCGACUUCUCUGAGCAGGGCAGCAUGAAGUACCUCCACGAGAACCUGCCCAUCGCUCAGACCCUGCCCGGCCAGAGGACCAGCAACUAGAACCCUAGAACCCGCCCGGCACCACGCCACUCAGAGGGAGACUCGCAACGCAGAACCCAACGCAACUCAUGAAAAACCCCAACACUCAGAAACGCAGAACCCAACGGAACUCAUGAAAACCCAAACACUCAGAAACGCAGAACGCUACGUCAACACCAACCAUAACAUUUAAGUGUUUUUUAAGAAUAAAGAUUUUUUUUUUUUUUAUAAGCUUGGACGGUAAUAAACACACCAAGCAUUAAGUUAAAGGACCAAGCACUGGACUGCCACAUGGACAGAAAGGGUUAGCGGCCAGUCGGUUAACGGCACCAAGCAGAGUGUAGUAGCUCUGUGGGCCAGAACUCUCAGUAGUGAAGUAGAGCUGAUGUUAUUACACAGAGCACAGCGAGUCUCUCCUCAAACCAACGCCAACAAUCCUGCUUCUGGCCAGACAGGUGCAUUGUGGGUAACCUCAGGGCCUGAGGCUUUGAGCACAGUUGAUCUCACACACACACACACAGAAACCCAGGUGUGUUUUUGACUCAUGUCAGUAACAGCAGAGAUCUGCAUUCAUCAGUGUGCAUAUCACCUGCUCAGCAAGCCUCAGUUGCAUCACACUUACCCACAAUCCACUGCUCUUAGUGGGUCGUUUUUGUUGCACUCAGCAACAUAUCUCCCCUCAACCCCCCCACCCCCCUCUUUUAUCUCUCAUUCUCUCUCUGCCCCCCCUCUCUCUCUCUCCCCCUCUUUAUCUAUCUCUCUCUCCCUCUCUAUCUCUCUCUCUCUCUCAUCCCUCUCUGUCUGUUCUCUACCUCUGCAGAGCUUGGCCUCUGUGUUCUGUUGUGAUGGAUGUAGAAUGAUCAUCCAAAUAUGGCUCAACUGCCGACGACUGAUAGACCACACACACACACAGACGAUUUAUGAAACUUUGGACCACAAACCCAUUUCUCACACACACACACACACACCCAUGCACAAGAGCAGAGGUGGAUAUUCUCAGUGUGUUUGAGGAUGGUCGAUGGUCCUCCCCUGCUCACAGGCCUGUUGACCGUCUGGCGGGACCGAUAAGCGAUCCUGCGCAAGGAUGGGGCAGAAGGAUCUUUCUAUUUCUCUUCAGGCAUUUCUUUUUUUCUGACUGCUGCCUUUCCUGAUGCUUCUGUUUGUGUUUCCUGUGGGCGUGACUUGAUGCUCUGCGCCACAGGGAGAGCUAGUUGGCCACCUCUCUGCUCUCUCCCCAGGGACUGACCACCUCUGGGGGGCGUGGUCACAGACGAGUCUCCAUCUGCCCUCCGAGCCUCUAGAGGGUGCUCCACUCUCGCCCUACAGACUGACCACCUCUCUGCUCUCGCCCUACAGACUGACCACCUCUCUGCUGGGGGUCUGGUGGAUUGCAGGUGGGGGGGGGGGGGGGGGUCUCGAUCUCCUCUGUGGCCAGGGAGAGGCCACUCUUGUCUUCUUCACUGACAACCCCCCCCCCCCCCCCGCCACACACACACUGCUGACCCAGAUGGCAGCAGACUCAUCGAUGCCUCACCUGACUGCCAGCCCAACCGCCCCCCUCGGGAGGCUGGCCAGAGGUCGCUCCAGACUGGGCUCUGUGGAGGAGGCACUCUCCAGGAUAUCUCUGUUUUCAGUUGAUUGUAAAAUAAAAGUUUUUUUUUUGCAGAAUAA